ACAAUCACAAAUCAACCAAAGCCUGAGUGCAAUGGAGCCUCACAUACUCAGUGCCAAACCAUGCACCUUUUACUUAUUCUCUUGCAUUCUUUUAAUCUUUGCUUUCCUAGCAUCCUUUGCAAGUGCAGCCAUUCACUACCAUGAAUUUGUUAUUGAAGCAAAGCCAGUGAAGAGGCUGUGCAGAACUCACAGUACAAUUACAGUAAAUGGGCAAUAUCCAGGGCCAACGUUGGAAGUGCGAGAUGGCGAUACUCUGGUCAUUAAAGCUAUAAACAAGGCCAGAUACAAUGUCACCCUCCACUGGCAUGGAGUGCGACAAUUGCGAAAUCCAUGGGCAGAUGGACCCGAAUAUGUGACGCAGUGUCCUAUCCAACCAGGGAGGUCUUACACAUACCAAUUCACCAUCCAAAACCAGGAGGGGACUUUAUGGUGGCAUGCUCAUAGCAAAUGGCUUAGAGCGACAGUGCAUGGAGCUCUCAUAAUAUAUCCUAAGUUGGGUUCCCCAUACCCCUUCCCCAUGCCCAAGAGAGAAAUGCCUGUUAUUCUUGGAGAAUGGUGGGAUAGGGAUCCGAUGGAUGUUCUAAAGCUAGCACUUUUCACUGGAGGUGCUCCAAAUGUAUCAGAUGCAUAUACAAUUAAUGGUCAACCAGGCGACUUGUAUAGAUGCUCUAGCAAAGAAACUGCCAUGUAUCCAGUGGAGGCGGGUGAGACGGUUCUUCUGAGGAUCAUCAACUCUGCACUGAAUCAGGAGCUGUAUUUCGGGGUGGCCAAUCACAAACUAACUGUUGUUGCUGUUGAUGCUAGCUACACCAAACCUUUCACAACAAAUGCCAUCAUGAUUGCUCCUGGUCAGACAACCGAUGUCCUUCUCACUGCUGAUCAGCCUCCAGCUCGUUACUACAUGGCAGCACAUGCCUACAACACCGCCAAUGCAGCCUUUGACAAUACCACCACCACGGCAAUCCUUGAAUAUGAAUCUGCUCACUACUCCGCAAAAGGAGGAAAAUCUUUCAAACCGAUCUUCCCACAGCUACCCGGGUUCAACGACACCGCCACUGCAACUGCAUUCACUGCCCAGCUAAGGAGUCCUUGCAAGGUCAAAGUUCCCAUUGAGAUUGAUGAAAGCCUGUUUUUCACAGUGGGGUUAGGACUAAUCAACUGUAAAAAUCCGAAUAGCCCACGAUGCCAAGGCCCCAACGGAACUCGCUUUGCUGCCAGUAUCAACAAUGUGUCCUUUGUGUUCCCAAGAAGUACCUCCUUAAUGCAGGCCUACUACCAAGGUCAACCUCGUGUUUUCACCUCAGACUUUCCACCUGUUCCUCCCAUACAAUUUGAUUAUACAGGCAAUGUAAGCAGAGGCCUCUGGCAACCUGUUAAGGGAACAAAGCUCGUUAAACUAAAGUUUGGGUCCAAGGUACAAAUUGUGUUCCAGGAUACAAGUAUUGUCACAGUUGAGGAUCAUCCUAUGCAUAUUCAUGGAUACGACUUCUAUGUUGUUGGGAGUGGUUUUGGUAACUUUGAUCCCAAAAAUGAUCCAGCCAAAUUCAACCUUGUUGAUCCACCAAGGAGAAAUACCAUUGGAACACCUCCUGGUGGAUGGGUAGCCAUCCGGUUUGUGGCCGACAAUCCAGGAAUCUGGCUGCUCCAUUGCCAUAUAGACACCCAUCUCCCUUGGGGCUUGGCAACAGCUUUGCUAGUUGAAAACGGAGUUGGAAAAUUGCAGACUGUACAGCCACCACCACUCGAUCUACCCCAAUGUUAAAGCCAAUAUCAAACAUCUAUUAGUGUGAAGUGUUCCACUAGUUUCUGGCUGCAUGCUCACUUCCUUUGAAUAUAUUACCUGCAGUUGGUUUGAAUGAUUUAUAGCUUGUGUUUAUAUGAAUGUUAUACGUCCUG